CUCCGAUGAAGCCUCAGAAGGGGGAAAACCUGAGCCUGAGCCUGAGCCUGAGGGAGGCUGGUGAUCCGCCCUUCCCAUUACAUACUUCCUACUACUGUCCAGCUUUGGCUCGGAACGCUCUCCUGCACAAGAGCGCCCCAGAUGGCAAGCAGUUCCGAAGCCGCGAUGCAGGGGCGGCAGGGUCGGGCCAGCAGGCCGGCCGCACAGUAUGUCCUUCCCUCGUUUCCUCCCGCAGCUCAGCCGGAGGUGAUGCGCGCUGCAGAGAAGGACGAGCAGUACCUGAAGCACGUGUCAGACACGUGCUAUGACAUCGCUCGGCGAUACCUAGGAGCAAGAAGAGCUGCUGAGUAUCAGAAUGAGACGAGGCUAGCCGGGCGGCUGCUGUACUAUCUUCUAACAACCGGCACCGGCAUACAAACACUCGGCGAAGAAUACUGCGACAUCCGACAGGUGUUCGGCCCGGCCGCCCUUCCUCCGACGUCCGGUCGCCGGGCCUCGCUCGUCUUUCUCCAGACCCUCUUCCCAUACCUUAUGGAGCGCGCCAGCAAACGCGUCGCCGCACGAGGGCUAGCGAUGUCUGAUUCGGACGUUUCUCAAACCUUUAGUCCUAGUCAUCCCGUGUCCGAAAGCAGAACACCCCUCUCCGAAAAUGAAGGCGAUGCGGCAGCGGGGCUGUUUCAAGAUGCAGAGGACGCCAACGAACCCUCCGAAGAGGGGUCGAGUGGGAGGCCCGGACCGUCCGAAAGCGGGAGGGGUUCAGGAACUCAGGUGGGGGAGAUUGAGGAGGAGAGCGGGAUCAGCGUUCGGUGGACAGGCGUACACGAGCGGCGGGUGGAAGUGUCGGAAGUGUGGAGGGGAAGGCGCAUGCGCCUCGGGGUGACGUGGCUGAAUUUUGUCCGGUGGUGGCCCACAGCCCUCCCAGCGCUGCGAGAAAUUGCCGAGCUGGGUUUCCGCUACCACCUCAUGCUCUUCUACUUCUUCGGGACGUACUACAAUCUAAGCAAAAGGACAACCGGGGUGCGGUACCUCUUCACCGGUCGGGGCUUGGACCAACGUCCCCGGUACAACAUCCUGGGGCUGUUCCUGUUUGUCCAGCUGGCCGUUGUCGGGGGGGGCCUUCUGCGGCGCCAGAUUAUUCCCACCCUCACGGCCGCAGUGCAGCUGCAGGCGCGGGAGCAGACGGCGCGAAGGGGUAGGCAGGGCCCGUUGCUAUUGGACGCGGACGGGAUACCGGUGGACGACGCGUCAAGUCGGAAGGAGGCGGCACAAGAAGCGGAGGUGUCGAUAAGCAGUAAGUGUGCCCUCUGCCUGAGCGUGCGGACCAAUCCAACUGCCACCUCGUGUGGCCACGUGUUCUGCUGGAACUGCAUCGCGGAGUGGUGUAAUGAGAAGCCCGAGUGCCCAUUAUGUCGGGCCCCGAUCACUCACUCCGAGCUCGUGUGCUUGUAUCACGCGGACUUUUAGCAGCGGAUUCGAACCGAGGCGUCAAACUAACGGCUUGGUUUGCAUCACAACAGUGUUACGUUCUCCACAUUGCAACAUUGAUGACUUGUUUGCGCAGCCAAUGCGGUCGAUCUUCUGGGCAUCGUCAGCUAGUC